AUGCAAAUGCAUUCGGUUUUGCUCCAAAUCUUCUGCUUUCUUUCACUAGUGGUAGCACUACCGCCAAAUGCGGUCGGAGCCGCCACCACCAAACCUGGCUGCCAAAGCAGAUGUGGUAACCUAGAAAUUCCAUACCCGUUUGGUAUCGGGUCAAAAUGUUCUCGGAACGUACACUUUAAUAUCAACUGCAAUACUUCUUUCGACCCUCCAAAACCCUACCUCCCGGAUCGCUCUGAAAGUUAUUACUAUGAGGUUGUUAAUAUCUCAGAAACCCAAAUCUUUCUCAAGAACUCGGAGGCACAACUGGCAAUGGCCUGUUACGGUAUGGGAUUCAAUAACAAGACAGAGAAUUCUACUAUAUCAAUCACAUUUCUGGAUAGUCCUUAUACGUUAUCAGACACAAAUCAGAUCACAUCCAUUGGUUGCGAUGACAUGGCAAUGGCAUCACAACUGUCAUACCUAACAAAUACCUUUGACGGUAGUGUUUGUGCAUCGUACUGUGGCGGUACUCCAUAUUAUGUUCAUAAUGGGUCAUGUCCAGGCAGGGGCUGCUGCCGGACCUCCAUAUCCAGAGUUGAGUAUCUCCGAGUUGAAUUGUUAGACAUGCAUAGUUAUUGGGGUCGAGAGAGAAAACAUUUCCGGUGCAGCUUUGCCUUCGUUGGAGUGACAGGUGAUUAUGAUAAAUUCAAUUUUAGUUUAUCUCAUCUCGACAAUUCAACAACUUUCCUGCGUAGUAAUGAAGAGUUUACGGGUAUGCCGUUGGUGUUGGACUGGCGAAUUGGGGACUACAAUUGCAUCGAAGAGCAAAAUUCGACUAAUUAUGCAUGUGGAAAGAAUAGUUAUUGCAUUAAUUACGACACCAGUCUUAAUUUUGGAGGAUAUCACUGCAAGUGCAAAGAAGGAUUUGAGGGCAAUCCUUACCUAGGAUGCCAUGAUAUCGACGAAUGCAUCAAUAAUCGAUGUGUCUCAUAUGGGACAUGCACCAAUACUCCAGGUUCCUAUAAUUGUUCCUGCCCUGAUGGUUAUUAUGGUGAUGGCAAAAGAGAUGGUAUUGGCUGUAUUCCGAUUCUGGUGUCCCAUAGCAAAUUGGCAAUAGGAAUAGGCUUGGGCGCUGGAGUGGGAUUUCUUCUAUUGUUAUCAACUUGCUUCUGCUUGUUCAAGUUUCAUCAGAAGAGAAAAAUCAAGAAGCGCAAAGAAAAAUUCUUCAAACAAAAUGGUGGUAUCUUGCUACAACAACAAACAUCAACAGAUGAAUGUAUACUUGAAAAAACACAACUUUUCACUAUUAAGGAGCUGGAGAAAGCUACCGAUAACUUCAAUGAAAGUCGAAUACUUGGUCAAGGUGGCCAAGGAACAGUCUAUAAAGGAAUGUUACAUGACGGAAAAAUCAUAGCAAUAAAAAAAUCCAAGUUAGUAAAUACAAAUCAAGUGGAGCAAUUCAUUAACGAGGUUGUCAUGCUUUCACAAGUAAUUCAUAGGAACGUAGUUAAACUACUAGGUUGUUGCCUAGAAACAGAGGUUCCUUUAUUAGUUUAUGAAUUCAUCUGCAAUGGAACCCUUUUCGAUCAUAUCCAUGACAAGAGUUCUGAUUUCCCAUUGUCAUGGAACAUGCGCUUGAAAAUUGCUAUAGAAGUGGCAGAAGCACUUGCUUAUCUUCAUUCUGCAACUUCUUUUCCUAUCUAUCACAGAGACAUUAAGUCAACUAAUAUAUUGCUUGAUGAAAAAUAUGUAGCCAAAGUUUCAGACUUUGGAACUUCAAGGUUAAUUGCAAUGGAUCAUACUCAUGUAACUACCCAAGUAAAAGGAACAUUUGGAUACGUAGAUCCAGAGUAUUUCCAGUCAAAUCAAUUUACCGAAAAGAGUGAUGUUUAUAGUUAUGGAGUUGUUCUUGUCGAGCUCUUGACUGGGCAAAGGCCAACAUCUUUGGCGACGCAAGAGGAAAAAAGUUUAGCAACAAGAUUUUUGUUAUGUAUGGACGCAGAAAAUCUCGAAACAAUUGUUGACGCCCAAGUCUUAGAGCAGAGUAAGAGAGAAGAGCUUUUUGCAGUGGCUAAGCUUGCACAAAGGUGCUUAAAUUUGAAUGGGAAGAAAAGGCCAACCAUGAAAGAAAUAGCCAUGGAGUUGGAGAUUGUUAGAAUGUCACAAACGCAUUCAACUAUAUCCGAAACUAAAUAUCAAGACAUACAGUUGUGCAAAUCAAAAACAAGAUUGAUGGCAGAUGAUAACUACACAUGGACAAGUAACUAUGACAAUAUCAUCCCAUCAUCUGAUGCCUAUCCCUUAGAGAUUCACACAGUUUGA